AUGGCUCCUAGUAAAGGAUGGAUGGAUCUUGUUGGUGAUUGUCUUAAUGAUGUAUAUUUACGUGGGGUUGAGGAAUUUUUGGACUAUGCUUUUAAAAAGACUGGGAGGCGUGGGGAAAUACGUUGUCCAUGUGUCAAGUGUAGUAACAUGUAUUCCGCCACACGAGAAGUGGUAGGGACACACCUCAAGGUGUAUGGAAUAAUACGUAAUUAUACAUUUUGGUAUCACCAUGGAGAAAGGGUAGGUGAAUCUGAAUCUAAUUUAGAAAGUGUUCAACAAAGUGAAGAUGAGCCUAGCAAUGAGAUGCAUGACAUUUUAAGGGAUUUAUAUCCAGAGUUUUGUGGUCAAGAUACAAAUGAUAUGGAUACAGAUAUCUUCGCUAGUGAUAUUCAUAAAGAGGAACCGAAUGAGGAAGCGAAUAAAUUCUAUAGGUUACUAAGAGAUUUUGAGCAACCAUUAUACCAAGAUGAAUUAUUACCUCAAGGAUCUAAUUUGCCACAAUCAUAUUAUGAUGCAAAGAAAGUAAUUCAAGAUCUUGGUCUCUCAUACAAAAAAAUUGAUGCAUGUGUAAAUAAUUGCAUGUUAUAUUGGAAAGAGGAUGAGAGGCUAGAUUUUUGUAAGAUUUGUGGCUAUUCUAGAUGGAAGACUGAUAAAUAUAAUGGGGAAGACAAGACAGCGUCUUUGAUGAGAUGGCAUAAAGAUAAGAGGGUAGAUGAUGGAGUGAUGAGACACCCUGCUGAUUCAAUGGCAUGGAUUUCCUUUGACAAACUACAUCCAAAUUUUGCCUCAGACUCUCGCAAUGUGAGACUAGGCCUUGCUAGUGAUGGAUUUCAACCUUUUGCCAAUUUAAAAAUGCCAUAUAGUCCUGAGGGUCCUGGAGAUGCAAUUGAUAUCUAUCUUCAACCUUUAGUAGAAGAACUAAGAGAGUUAUGGGAAACUGGCAUUGAUACAUUUGAUGCAUAUGCACAACAGAAUUUCAAGUUACAUGCAGUUUUACUAUGGACUAUCAAUGAUUUCCCUGCAUAUGGGAACUUAUCAGGUUGGAGUACUAAGGGAAAGUUGGCUUGUCCUUGUUGUAAUAAGGACACCUGUUGGAUGAGGUUGGCCAAUGGAGGCAAGCAAUGUUAUAUGGGUCAUCGACGAUAUCUUCCUCUUAAUCACAAAUGGAGAAAUGAUAACAAAUCUUUUAAUGGCACAAGGGAGCGAGGGUUACCACCCAAGCCACUUUCAGGAGAUGAUAUACUUGAUCAAGUGAAAAAUCUUGAAGGGGUCAUAUUAACUAAGGCUCCUCAUAUGAAGAAAGCAAUCUCACAUGAUGGCAGGGGGGACAAUUGGAAUAAAAAGUGUAUAUUCUUUGACCUUCCAUAUUGGAGGACCUUAUUACUACGCCACAACUUAGAUGUCAUGCACAUUGAAAAGAAUAUAUGCGAUAAUAUACUAGGGACAAUCAUGAACAUAAAGGGAAAAACUAAAGAUAGCAUCAAAACUCGCCUUGACUUGCAAGCAUUAAAUAUAAGGCCAGAGUUACACCCAGUACAGCAGGGGAAUAAAGUCGUGAUACCUUCAGCAUUGUACAGUUUAUCUACUACAGAAAAAUACAGGCUUUGCCAAUUCUUGAAGCAGUUAAAAGUUCCAGAUGGAUUUUCAUCCAAUAUUUCUCUUUGUGUAAACAUGAAAGAGAGUAAAAUCUCAGGAUUAAAGAGUCAUGAUUGUCAUGUUCUUCUAUUACAUAUACUUCCUCUUGCAAUACGUGGUUUACUUCCAAAAGUAGUAUAUGAACCACUUGUUGAGCUAUCAUUGUUCUUCACUCAUUUAGGAGCAAAGUCAUUAAAGGUAGAUGUAUUGGAGCAAUUAGAAAAGCAAAUUCCUAUAACUCUUUGUAAGCUAGAAAUGAUCUUUCCACCUUCAUUCUUUGACAUUAUGGUGCAUUUGCCUAUGCAUUUGGCUAAUGAAGCUAAAAUUGGUGGACCAGUACAAUAUCGUUGGAUGUACCCAAUAGAACGAGCAUUAUAUUCAUUUAAGUCAUGUAUUCGUAAUAGAGCUUGUGUAGAGGGUUCAAUUGCAGAGGCAUACAUUGCAAAUGAGUGCAUGACUCUUUGCUCAAGGUACUUGCAUGGCAUUGAGACAAAGUUCAAUCGAAUGGAGCGCAACUAUGAUGGUGGCAGUAAUAAAAAUAAAGGAGGCUUAUCAAUUUUCUCCAAAGUAGGACAAGGAUUAGGUGCUAGUAAAACUCGUGAUCUUGAUACACAAGAGUAUUCACAAUUGCCAGCAACCAAUUUAGUAGGUAUGUCAGAAGGUCAAUGGAAUAAAAAUUUUGUUAGAUGGUUUAAGACGAAAGUUGCAUGGUUGCAUAAAAAUGACUCAAGUCCAAUGAUGGGAGCCCUACUCUCAUUAUCACGUGGUCCUGCUCGAUAUGUGACAUCUUUUUAUGGUUACAUUGUCAAUGGAUAUAGGUUUCAUACUGAAUAUCAUGACCAAGGUUUGAGGACACAAAAUAGUGGAGUUGUUGUAAUUGGAGAUAUUGGUGAUGAAGUUAACAACAUAGAUUACUACAGUGUCUUAACUGAGAUUAUUCAAUUGCAAUAUCUUGGAGGAAGACGUGUGGUGUUAUUUCAUUGUAAUUGGUGGGAUGUUUAUGAUCGAGUGAGGGGGGUUAAGAUUGAUGAAUAUGGGGGGGUUAGUGUUAACUGUAAACGAACUUUGAAAACAAAUGAACCUUUCAUUUUAGCUAACCAAGCAUCACGAGUCUUUUAUGUUCCAGACAAUAUUCACAAAGGCUGGCAUUGUGUGAUAAAGGCACAUCCUCGAGAUUCCUAUGACAUCCCAUUAGAAGAAGACAUUGACCCCGUUGAUUUGAAUCAAUUCAGUGAAGCAUAUCAAGCUGAUGAAUCUAUCAAUCUUGAAUCUGGAGAAACAACUAUAGUUGAUGCAAAUGACCAAAUUAGUUAG